AUGAAUACACGUUGUAUAAACAUAUUUAUUAAUUUACCGAUUGCGGCGGACCCAUCAAGUUAUCCUCUCCUGCAUUUUUUGCAGGGUUGCCCAGUAACUUCUUUAACUCGUUAUCCUCUUGUACAAUUGCAGUCAUUUUGUUUGAGUUAACUCUUAAAUUUAAAUUAAAAAACACUUAAAAACAUAUGGACCACUAACCAUUUUGAACACUGCUCGUAACUAAACUGUCAUCCAAAACGCCACCUAUAUGUGAUUAGCUGAUCCUUUUCAUGCAUUUUUCACUAGGGCAAACAAAUCAUAUAUACAUAUAUGAACAUAUAUAGUAUAAUUUGUAACAUAUUUAUAAUUGUAAACUACUAAAGAAGAAUGAUCCUAAUAAAAAAAUUUAUUUCUCAGACGAACCUGUGGUAUAGUUCUCCAAUUCACCGUUACUUAAGCGCAGAGUGUGCUAAAAAACCAAUGAUUCUUUUCUUGAUCGAUACUUCAGAUUCUGAGACACAAAGUCCCAUUUCAUGUCCGAUCUAUUCCAUCUUUAUGACUGUCACUAUGAAUUCAAUCUUUGGCAACAAUGAUAGCAACAACUUAAAUCUUAUUAUUUUUGAUGCUUCAAAAAAUGAAAGAAAACUGAAUGAAGAAUUUAAAAUAUUACAAAGAAAGUUGAAAUCAAAAUGGAAAUUUAUCGAAAACAAUGAUAUUUUGACAGAGGAAUUGUUAUCGACAGGCAAAAUAUUGGUACUGCCUGGUCCACAAAAUAAAUUUACAGAAUUAGAAAUGAACUCGAUUAGAGCAUUUUUAAAUUCUGGAGGGCACGUUUUAGUUAUGCUCGGUGAAGGUGGUGAAAAAAAAUCUAACACAAACGUAAACUUUUUAUUAGAGGAGUUUGGCAUAAUGGUGAACAAUGAUAGUGUUAUACGCAUGAGUUAUAGCCAAACAAUGCAUCCAAAGGAAUGCUUAAUUUCUCAAGGGAUGUCAAACAAAUCUAUAUUUUUAAGAAAUCACAACGAAUACAUAGAUAUGAACUUUUUAUAUCCAUAUGGUGCAACAUUAAAUGUAGCACAACCAUCCAUAGUUGCAUUAUCCAGUGGAUCAAUAGCAAUCCCAACAAAUAGACCUAUUUCUGCUUAUCAUUAUAAUGAAGUCAAUGGUGGAAAAUUACUUGUGUUAGGUUCUUCUAGAAUGUUAACUGACACAUAUAUUGAGAAAGAAAAAAAUGAUUCAUUGAGACAAAUGAUCUUUGACUUUUUUGAAUCCAAAGAUAUCGUAAUUAAAGAAUCUCAAAUGGAUGAUAUGGAUUUCUCAGAAUAUAAUUUUAUCCCAGACAUAACGCGACAAGCUGAUAAUCCAAAAGUAUGCACUCAAGAUAUGGAUAUAAUGGAUAAUCCUCAUGAAUAUACCAAAUUAUUCAAACAUCAUCUUUAUUCAGUAAAUUUAGAUAUAGUACCAAUUUGUAUAAAGGCUUAUGAAAUUCUUGGUGUGAAACAUGAACCACUUACCCUCAUUCCACCACAUUUUGAGGCUCCAUUACCACCCACACAAGCUUCAAUAUUUCCACCAAGUUUCCAAGAACUACCACCACCAGCUUUAGAAUUAUUUGAUUUGGAUGAAGCAUUUAGUUCUGAUUUAUUAAAAUUAUCACAGUUAACGAAUAAAUAUAUGGGAACAAAAGAUUUAUCAAAAGACAUAGAAUUAGAUCACUAUAUUCGUGAAUUUGGAAGCAUUGUUAGAAUAAGCAAUUCUGACAUCCAUACAGCUAAAGAAGUAUUAAAUGCUGUUUUUCAAAGCAUCUGUAGCUACAAAGCUAUGCAUGAAUGAGAAAAUUAUAAAAUUGUACAUGUUGUGUUUUCUAUCUUACUUUUAAUAUAUUUAUAGUUAAAUAUAUGUAAUAUAAUUAAUACAAAUGUAUGAUUGAUACAUCUACUCUUAUUGUAAAAUUUAAUUUUAUGAAAGUAAAAAUUGAAGCAUCGUUUACUAUUUUCAACUUAACCUUUCAAAA